AUGGUUCAGGAAAUGAGACUUCGGGAUGGUUCACAUUUGACCACCCCGGAAUCCAUUCAUUCAGGUGCAGUGGACUUCUUAAGAUCUUUUCUUCAAGUGAGACCUCAUAGAGAUCUCCCAGAUUUGUCAACCUAUGUUCAGACCACUCUUCUAGAGGAGAAGAAUGACAGCCUCCUAAAGCUCCCUUCGAUCCUAGAGGUAAAAGAGGCUAUAUUUUCCAUCCCUAUAGAUAGUAGUCCUGGUCCUGAUGGGUUUGGCUCAGGAUUCUAUAGAGUGUGUUGGGAUUUGGUUGAAGUCGAUGUGGUGGCAGUAGUCAGAGACAUGUAUAGUGGGGUCCCAAUGCCAAGAUUCUACUCAGCUUUGUACAUCGCUCUCAUUCCGAAAAUGCAACAACCCACAUGUUUUGAUAAGUUUCGACCCAUAAGUUUGUGCUCGGUCAUUUACAAGCUAUUUGCAAAAAUUCUGGUGCGACGGAUGUCCCUUAUUCUAAGCAUAAUUAUAUCUCCUGAACAAGGGGCCUUCUUGCCAGGGAGAAGCAUUUUUGAAAAUAUCACUUUGGCCCAAGAAAUGAUUCACAUGAUAAAUAGAAAGGUCCGUGGGGGAAAUGUACUCAUCGAAGUGGACAUAGCCAAAGCGUACGAUAGUCUUGAUCGGGAUUUCUUAUUACAUGUCAUGACGUCUUUUGGCUUCUCUACCCGGUUCUGUGAAUUAAUUAGACAAUGUAUUUCGAUUCCAUGGUUCUCAGUGGUUAUGAAUGGGUCAGCUAAAGGUUUCUUCCCCAGUGGUCGUGGACUACGCCAAGGUGAUCUUUUGUCCCCUUACUUGUUCAUUCUAGUUCAAGAAAUCCUAUCUCGCUUGCUAAAACAUAAUUUUGAGAUGGGGAAAAUUGCACCUUACUCCCACCCUCGUGGCACUCUCCUGGUCUCCCAUUUAUUUUAUGCUGAUGAUAUUGUGGUCUUUGCAAAUGGGAGUAGUGCCUUCCUUGGAAGGAUAAAGGUGUCUUAUUUUGAGGACUUACUGAACCGUAUCCGUGAUCGUCUAGAGGGGUGGCAAAAUAGGCUCUUAUCAGCUGGUGCUCAUCUCCUUUUACUACGCCAUGUGGUAUCAAGCAUCCCGGUUCAUCUACUCUCAGUGUUACAUGCUCCCAAGAAAGUGGUCUUCUCGCUAAACAGGAUUAUGAGCAAUUUUUUCUGGGGUACCUCAAAUGGCAAACAGAAGCGUAAAUGGGUGGCUUGGCAAAAGGUUUGUAUGUCGACCAAGGAAGGGGAGCUGGGCCUAAGAAAAUUUGAAGAAGUUCAGUCUUCCCUAUUCAUGAAGCUUGCUUGGAACCUGUUGUCCUGUGACUCUCUAUGGGCAAAUUUUUUCACGAAGAAGUACUGUAAGGGAGCACAUGUGACAUUAAUUGAUAACACUAAAGGAUCACCUCUGUGGAAAUGUAUUAUGACUAUGGUUCCGAAUAUUCUUAAUAAUGCUUUGUGGCAGAUUAAGGAAGGACAAGUUUCCUUUUGUCGGGAUCCCUGGUUAAAGUCUGGCCCCUUGGUAGAGUCUUGCGAGAUGAGUGCACAACCGUCUUUAAAGGUAAGGGAGUGCAGAAUUCAGAAUGGUUGGGAUGUGGAUUUGUUAGUAAACCUGGUGGGGGAAACAAAAGCAGAAGAAAUUCUAAAUAGCCUAGGGGCACACAAAGAAGGCACAGAUGUGCUAAUUUGGAAACCGGCCUUGAAUGGGGUUUUCUCAUCUAAGUCGGCUUGGGAGUGUAUUCGUGUUCACACGCCAAAAUCUAAAUGGGCCAACUGGAUAUGGCACCCCGCCCUCCCCAAGAAGUAUUCGGUUACAAUCUGGAAGGCUUUGAAUUAUAGCCUUUGUGUUGAUGAUCGCAUUUGA